AUGGACAUUUUCGUUUUCUAACCCUAUUUAAGAAACAGAAUAUAACAACUAUCUUAAUAAUCAAAGAUUAUUAUUUUUUAGAGCAUUAUUAGUUACUCUUAUGUUACCUUGCUUUUUUGGAAUGCUGGCAUUUAUAAUUCAAGAUUAAUCGGCUUACUUGAUUACUUUGAUGGCUGUUUUUUUCCUUAUGCACCUCAUAAUAUUAUUCUUUAGUCAGAAAUUUAAAAAUUGUUUAAAGCCUAUUUUUUCAAUUUUAUAUGUAUGUUAUGUAGCAGGAGGAAUAUUCCUAGCUUAUAUUGGAUUUUACGUGUAAGAUUUCUAUUGAUUUUAAGACCUCUUUAUGAUUUUGGUAUUACAUCCGGCGUACUGCACUCUUGUGUUUUGUAACAUUGUGAUAGUAGAUUGAAAGUUUUAUAUGUGCUCAUAACUAAUUGCGCAAUAAUAGGUUUCUUUGUUCCAUUUGAAAUUGCAUACAUUUAAUAUAUAGUUUGUUCAUUUUCUAUGUUUUUUUUAUUGGGCGUUUAGACAUAUAUAUAUGAAGAUAAUAGAAGAUCAUAAUUUUUCCUUAGCAAAUCAGUAGAAAUACAAAAGUCGAUUUUAUAUGAAUUUACAAAUGAUUCUUUAUUUGCUAUAAUGUAUGAUGAGAAUUCAAGAAGCUUUCAACUUUCAUUUGCUAAUAAGAAGUUUGAAUCUCUAUAUAAAACUGAUUUAGAUGAGAAUAAUGUAAAAGAAUUUUUAAGAAGCUAAUCAAUUAUCAACAGAAAUAAUUAAAAUUCAUAUCGAAGUUUAAAUAAUAAAUAAAUAAAUAAACAAAUCAAUUUAGAAGAAUAUCUCUUUGAGUUGGUUUAACAAAAAUUAGAUUAUUUCAAUUAAGAUAGAUUCUUAAUUGAAACAAAUAAUGGAAAAGAAAAAUAUUUAAUUGACAUUUUGAAAUUUGAAAAUCAAAAAACUCAAUUCUUUCUCUCUAUUAAAGAAAAUCAAGCUAAACAUUAAAUUGAAAAAUAUGAACAUAUUAUAAAAGAUUUAAAUGAAAACUUUAAAUCAGUUCUUAUGGUAAUUGGUAAUAAAUUUGAAGAGCUCUAUAAAACAUUGUUAAAUCUUAAUGAUCAUUUAAUUAUUGAAAAUGAAAUUUUGAGGAAAUCUUACAGUAAUAUUUAAUUUUCAUUAAACUACAUAAAAAAUCACUUGAUAUAUCUAUAAAAAGGUAGAAUAUCAUUUUUAAAGUAAUAAUAUGAAACAUUGACAAUUGAAAAACUAAACGAAGCUUUGUUAGAUUAUUUUAUAUAUUAUACUCAAUAACAUCGAAAGUAAUUCUUGCUUAAUUGCUCAUAUGAUUUAGAAUUACAAUUAAUUACUUUAAACAGCAAAUUAUUGACUUAGCUUCUAAUAAAUAUUUUUAAUAAGAUUUUAAAGUUAUCUGAACCUAGGAGUUGUAUUCAAUUAUCAAUUGAUAAAAAACAAGUUUAAUAGAGUUCGAUAAAUGAUAAAAAUGAAAAGACAAAUCAAGAUCUUUAAAUAAUUUAGUUUUCUUAUAUUUUUGAGCAUAAAGAUCAAAUUGAAAAUAUAGAAUCAUAAUUUUAUCAAUCAAUAAGUUUAGAUUCUUAAAAAUCACUUGAAAUUGAAUGUAUUGUGAAUCGAAUCAUUUUAAAGAUUCUUAGCCCUUAAGGCUCUAUCUAAAUUUAAUAAGAGUACUAACAAGGUUUAUCGAAUUAUAAAACAUUUUUAACAUUUUCUAUUUAUACUGAUUAAACUCAAUUGGAUCCGUCUUUUACUAAAUAUCUGUAACAAAAUUUUGAUUAUUGA